UCGUUUCUGCAGCAGACAUGGCUACAGCUGGUAAGGUGAUCAAGUGCAAGGCAGCAGUAGCCUGGGAGUCCAACAAACCCUUGGUGAUAGAAGAAAUCGAGGUGGCCCCACCUGAGGCCAACGAAAUCCGCGUCAAGAUUGUGACGACCGGGCUGUGCCACACGGACCUGUACCAGCUGUAUGACAACAAGCAUCCAGACGCCCUCCCGACUGUCCUCGGCCAUGAAGGAGCGGGGAUCGUAGAAAGCGUCGGUCCCGGGGUCACCGAAUUCCAGCCAGGGGACAAAGUCAUUCCCCUGCCCAUCUCCCAAUGCGGCGAGUGUCGCUUCUGCAAGAGCGGCAGAUCAAACCACUGCGAUGAAGGAUGGUGGUCCCAACGCCCCGACAUCAUGAACUCAGCGGUGACCAGGUUCACCUGUCGGGGAAAGAAGGUGUAUCAGUUCAUGGGAACCAGCACCUUCUCUGAGUACACCGUGGUACACAAGAAUGAUCUGGCGAAGAUCGACGCUGCGGCGCCACUGGACAAGGUCUUUCUCUUCGGCUGUGCGGUCAGCACCGGAUAUGGAGCUGCCAUCAACUCUGCUCAGGUGACACCGGGAUCCACCUGCGCCGUCUUCGGCCUGGGAGCGGUGGGUCUUGCCGCCGUCAUGGGCUGCAGGAAUGCAGGGGCCAAGAAGAUUUUUGCAGUCGACAUCAAUCCUGACAAGUUUGACAGAGCGAAAGCACUUGGCGCCACUGACACUAUAAACCCGAAGGAUUACGACAAGCCCGUCAGCCAAGUGCUGGCCGACCUGACCAAUGGAGGGGUGGACUUCUCAAUAGAGUGCACGGGGAACGUGGAAGUCAUGCGCAGUGCGUUUGAGGCUUGUGUGAAAGGCUGGGGUGUCAGCGUGGUCGUCGGCUACACGGACCUGCAUGACUUCGCUUCCCGACCUGCUCAACUCAUCUCUGGACGAACAUGGAAGGGUUCCUUGUGGGGAGGAUACAGGCCCAAGGAUGGCGUCGCUGACCUGGGGAAAGCCUUGCUGGCUAAACGGUUGAAUCUGGAGGAGUUCAUCAGCCACAAAAUGACUCUGAAUGAGGUCAACGACGCAAUUGAACUCAUGAAGAAAGGCCAAUGCAUCCGAACACUUAUGGCAGUCUGUCCAGAGUGAGGUCAUCAAGUUACUGUGAGCGAUGGCGAAAUCGCUCCGUGCGUCUCGGCGUGACAUUCCAGGACUCCUUUAAUCAUUCACUGAGUAUCGCUGCAGAUUUAGU